CCCCCAGUUGUUUAGCAGUCGGCCGCGAUUUUUGUGCUGAGAAAAAAAUACUACUAGCGCGGAGGAAAUAUUCACUCCGCUCGGGGGCUCGGCUCGGCUCAGGCUCACCACCCCCCACCCCCACCGCAUCUCGGGCUCGCCUCACUCCUCGGGUCAGUGGCCAGUGGUCAGUGGAGUCGCUGCUCUGCUCCCGGCGGCGCGGCGAGAUGCGGGGGCAGGGGCAGAUCUCCCGCCGGCUGGUCGUGCUUGCGGCGGUGGCCGGGCUGCUGCUGCUGGCGUGGGCGCCGGGUGCGGCUGCCGUGGACAUCCAGGCGGUGCUCGCCCCGUUCCCCGACCUCGCCGGCUUCGCGCGCCUGCUCGCGUCCAGCCCCGUGGCCCGCGAGCUGGCCGGGCGGUCCUCGCUGACGCUGCUCGCCGUGCCCAACGCCGACCUCCCCCAGUCGCCCUCGGCGUUCGCGGCCGCCGCGGGCGCCGACCUCGCCGACGUGCUCCGCUACCACGUCCUCCUCGAGUACCUCUCCCCCGCCGACCUCCGCCGCCUCCCGGCCGCCGGGAAGCUGGUCACCACGCUGUUCCAGACCACCGGCCGCGCCUCCGCCGACCUCGGCGCCGUCAACGUCACGGCCGCCGGGCCGGGCCUCGGCGUCGUCCGCUCGCCCGCGCCCUUCCCCGGGUCCAACGCCACCGUGCUCGGCUCCGUCACCUCCGUGCCGUACAACCUGAGCGUGCUGGCCGUGGACGGCCUCAUCGCGCCCUUCGGCUUCGACCUGGCGGCCUCCGAGUCCCGCCCCCCCGCCGCCGUCAACAUCACCCGCGUCCUCGCCGACGCGCGCGGGUUCAACGUGGCGGCGUCCAUGCUGGAGGCCUCCGGCGUGGCGGAGGAGUUCGAGGGCGACGAGCGCGGCGCCGGCAUCACGGUGUUCGUCCCCACCGACGACGCCUUCGCCAGCCUCCCCGCCGGCGACCGGCUCCAGUCCCUCCCCGCCGACCGCAAGGCCGUGGUGCUCCGCUUCCACGUCCUCCACUCCUACUACCCGCUGGGGUCGCUGGAGUCGAUCGUGAACCCGCUGCAGCCGACCCUGGCCACCGAGUACGCCAGCCAGGCCGGCCGCUUCACCCUCAACAUCACCCGCUCCAACGGCUCCGUGGCCAUCGACACCGGCGUCGUGCAGGCCACCAUCACGCGCACCGUCUUCGACCAGAACCCCGUCGCCGUCUUCGCCGUCUCCAAGGUGCUGCUCCCCAAGGAGAUGUUCACCAGGGCCGACUCGGCCGCCGUCGUCGCCGCGGCCCUGGCGCCCCCGCCGGCCGCCGCCAGCUCGAUGCCGCCGGAGCCGCCCGAGAGCGCGCGGACGCCGCCGACGAAGCUGUCCUCGCCCCCCGCGCUGCGCGGCGGGGCCAGGAACGGCACCGCGGUUUCGCCGCCGUCGUCGUCGGCGGCAAAGGCAACGGCAACUGGGCGGUGGUGUAUAGCAUUGUUGUAUGUACUACCAGCACUGCUGCCUCUGGUAUGAGAUCCGGUGGUGAGCUAGUCCGUCCAUUGCCGUCUCCUUGCUGAGCUCGAUUCUUUUUUGCCUUGCUUUGGUCACCAUUGUUUCUUCUUUGUUUUACUGCUAUAUAUAUUACUAGGAGUGAACCUGUACACAAUGCAUUUGGAAAGGGGGGAGAAGCUAGAUGACUCGAGUCGAGGUGUGAGGAAGAUUGUGCUGCAAAGCAAAGAAGCGUUCUUUUCA